AGCUAUUUCAAAGGAGUAGGCCCCGCUUUUCCGCUCCGCUCUCUGCUUUGAAACCCGAUUCGAAAAAUGAAAUUCAAGUAUCAAAAGAAACACAAGCCGCUCGACCCAAUAAAACAAGCACUUCGAAAAUUCGCACGUGUUCUUGGCAAGGCCUUCUUCUACCUGGGCACUCCUCCUCUGUGUCCUCUCCACCAGGCGAGUGCCUUGACCCUGAUCCAUUGCCACUAUCUCGGGGUCUGCCCCAUCUGCAGCCUGUGCUCCUUUUCCGGAAGCCCAUUGUCAUGCUGGAGUCCGUAUUCUUCGUGCUGCGGCAGUUCUUCAGCUUCGUCUGCCCCAUGCAAAUCUUCUACGACAUCGAGGAGACCGAACACAUGGGGCACGGGCAUCAAGAAGAGUGGGAUAUCUGGACGGAGAUUUGAGAUUCGACGGCAUGACAACCAAACCAAUUGAUUAAUGGCGGGCGGGGCGGAAGACGUUGGCAAUAAAGAGAUCUCUUGCUAUUCCCCUUGAGUCACCCUGGUUACUCGACUCCGAUUCGUACAUAAUUUCCUCAUAAAUUGUCAAAUAAUUUAAAGCCCUGCCAUUGAGCAAGAGUCAAG